GCUAGUGACGUUUAGGAACUUUCAGAUGUGGUUUAUGUGCGAGCGGUUAAGAGUUUUAGACGCAGCGUACCGAAGUAGAUCUUCAUUUUAUCAGAGACGAGUGUGUGUGUGUAUGUCUGCGUGUGUGAGGAGCUGAUGGAGAUGGUGUUUGCUCUGCUUCUCCUGCUUCUGGCUGCAGCUCACAGUCUGGAGUCUGGAUGUCAGAACUGGGAUAUUUCUACUGUAAACAAAGUCGAAGUGUGCUGUGUCAGCUGUAAACCAGGAAACCGUUUAGUCAAAAAGUGUGGUUUAGACCCUAAAGAUUUGUGCUCUCCAUGUGAAAAAGACACCUUCAUCGCCAAUCCAACGGAGCGGUCCUGUAAGAGAUGCUCCCAGUGUAUAGGUCUCAUGCGGGUAAAAACGAACUGCACCGCCAGCAGCGACACUGUUUGUGCUUGUAAAGAAGGAUAUCAAUGUUCAGAUCACAGGUGCUCUUUCUGCAAUAAAGUGUGUGGCAAAGGAGAACAGCCCAAAGGAAGACAAUGUGAGCCGUGUCCUCCAGGGACAUACAAUGACAAGACUCAUCACAACUGUGUCAACUGGACCAAAUGUACACAGCCAGAUCAUCAGAUCAUCGCUGCUGGAACUGCUUCUUCAGAUGUGAUCUGCGGCCUGACAGCUGUCACCAAACCAUGGAAAAACGUGACAAGAAAUGAUGCAGACAUUGGAACGGUCUCCACCAUAAUAAUCAUCAUCUUUGGGCUUCUCUGCAUCUCCUUCCCUGUGGCCACCUUCAUCCUGCUGGAGUGGAGGAGAAGAAAAGACGGACAGAAAGAAAGAAGGAAUCCUCUCGCUGCAGAAGCAGCGAAUGCAGAGACGGUUUCAGAGGAGAGCAGUUUCUGUUUCCCCCAGCAGGAGCGCGGUGGCAGCAGCAGCAGCAGCAGCAGUCAGAGCUCACAGUCCUCACUGCUCUCUCAGGACAUCGGCCCGCUCCAGCCAUGAGGAACACAAGCGUGACCCUGGACCACAAAGCCAGUCUUAAGGGUCAGCUGAAUAAAUAAGCCUUCAAUAGAUGUAUAGUUUAUAAGGAUAGACUCAUAUUUGGCCGUUGGGAAAUCUGGAAUCUCAGAGUUUGCCUUUAAUAUUGUCCAAAUGAAGUGCUUAGUUUAAUGCGUAUUCCUAUUCAAAAAUUACAUUUUAAUGCACAGGUCAAGUCUGAAUUAUUAGUCCUCCUGUAUAUAUCUUUUCCCCAAAUUAUUGUUCAGAUUUCUUCAACACACUUGUAAACAUAAUAGUUUUAAUAACUGAUUUCUAAUAACUGAUUUAUUUUAUCUUUAUCAUGAUGACAGUAAACAAUAUUGGACCAGAUAUUUUUCAGGAUACUAGUAUUCAGAUAAAGUUACAUUUAAAGGCUUGACUAGAUUAAUUAGGGUAAUUAGGCAAAUCAUUGUAUAAGUUGUUUUCAAUCACAUGGAUUUGGUGACUUGUGUAAUUCAGAUGGAGAACAGGAAGUAAAAACUGAAUGGGAGACAGAGGAAA